CCUGCACGUCACCGGCGAAAAUAGUUGCCAAGGGUUCGAGGAAACGUAAAUAGGCUAAAGAUAUUUAACCCAUUUAACCCAUUGAAAAAUAUUAUAAUGAGAUAAAGUUAGUGAUGGCCAACGACAAAACUGCACAUUGGAAGGAUUUACUAAAAAGACGACUCGCCUCUGCUAACAAAGAUGACAGGACAGAUGAAGAGAAGACAGCGGAGGAAACCAAACUGUUCACCAAAUAUUAUACCGAAUGGAAAGGGGGUCGAAAUGAAAGUAACUCAUUUAAACACAUCCCGCGUUUCUACUAUAGACUCCCUGCAGAAGAUGAAGUCUUGCUGCAGAAGCUCAGAGAAGAGUCGAGGGCAGUGUUUCUUCAGAGGAAGAGCCGCGAACUGCUGGAUAAUGAGGAGUUACAAAAUCUUUGGUUUCUGCUUGAUAAACAUCAAGUGCCACCCACAUCAGGCGAUGAGGCCAUGAUCAGUUAUGAGAGUUUUCUGAAGGUUGGAGAAAAAGCAGGUGCAAAAUGCAAGUUGUUCUUCACGGCUAGAGUCUACGCCAAACUGCUUCAUAAUGAUCCAUACGGGCGGAUAUCAAUUAUGCAGUUCUUCAACUAUGUCAUGAGAAAAGUGUGGCUGCAUCAGACCAGGAUUGGUUUAAGCCUGUAUGAUGUAGCAGGUCAGGGUUAUCUUCGUGAAUCAGACUUAGAGAAUUAUAUUCUAGAGUUGAUUCCCACACUCCCACAACUGGAUGGCUUGGAGAAAUCCUUCUAUUCGUUCUAUGUUUGCACCGCUGUCCGAAAGUUCUUCUUUUUCCUUGAUCCACUGCACACUGGGAAAAUAAAGAUUCAGGACAUCCUGGCUUGCAGUUUCUUGGAUGACCUACUUGAGCUUAGAGAUGAGGACUUGUCAAAAGAGACUCAGGAGUCCAACUGGUUUUCGGCACCUUCUGCCCUUCGAGUUUAUGGUCAGUACCUUAAUCUCGAUAAGGACCACAAUGGAAUGCUCAGUAAGGAAGAACUGUCUCGCUAUGGCACAGGAACCCUAACUACUGUUUUCCUAGACCGUGUCUACCAAGAAUGCCUAACCUACGAUGGUGAAAUGGACUAUAAAACCUAUCUAGACUUUGUGCUGGCUCUGGAGAACAGAAAAGAACCUGCGGCCCUCCAGUAUAUUUUCAAACUGCUGGACAUGGAAAACAAAGGAUACCUCAAUGUCUUUGCCCUCAACUACUUUUUCAGGGCUAUUCAGGAACAGAUGAAAAUCCACGGACAAGAGCCAGUUUCUUUUCAGGAUGUUAAGGAUGAAAUCUUUGAUAUGGUAAAGCCCAAGGAUCCUUACAGGAUCACCCUACAGGACCUAGUGAACAGUGGACAGGGGGAUACAGUCACAAGUAUUCUUAUUGAUCUCAAUGGUUUCUGGACUUAUGAGAACAGAGAGGUGCUGGUGGCUAAUGACACUGACAGCAACACAACUGAUUUGGAUGACACAUGA